GAGAGAGAGAGGGAAUGGGGAAGGGAAGAGCACCUUGUUGUGACAAGAUCAAAGUGAAGAGAGGUCCAUGGAGCCCUGAAGAAGACUUGAAACUCAUCUCUUUUAUUCAAAAGUUUGGUCAUGAGAACUGGAGAUCUCUUCCCAAUCAAUCUGGUAUGUUGUUGCUUUCUGAUCAUGAUAAAGCAAAGCCUAUUGAAUGGCUUUUCUUAAUAUGCUUCUGAAUAAAUAUGCAAAAUAACGAAGGUCUACUAAGAUGUGGAAAGAGUUGUCGUCUAAGGUGGAUCAACUACCUUCGACCAGAUGUGAAGCGAGGUAACUUCACUGCAGAGGAGGAAGAAACAAUCAUAAAGCUUCACCAGAACUAUGGAAACAAGUGGUCAAGAAUCGCUUCUCAACUUCCAGGAAGAACAGAUAAUGAGAUCAAGAAUGUGUGGCAUACUCGUCUAAAGAAAAGACUUGUUCAGAGCUCAGCAACCUCGCCUUGUUCAAGUAAUUCUGUUUCUUGUGGGAAAGAAGAUAAGUCUCAAGCAGAAGGUUGUUUGAACACAAAGACCUCUCAAGACUUUACUACUUCAGUGUCUUCUGGUGGUUCCUACAACUCAAACCAGGAAGAUGAUCCAAAGAUAGGCCUCUUGUUUAAGUGUAGCGCGUUUAAUGAAAUUAUUCAAGAGGUAGACAAACCAGAUCUAGAGAUUCCUUUUGACUCAGAUCCUGACAUAUGGAGUUUCUUAGAUAGUUCAAACUCACUUCAACAAUCUGGUGCAAAUGAGUUCAGAGCAGAAGAAGAGUCUGAUGAAGAUGAAGUCAAGAAAUGGUUCAAGCACAUGGAAAGCGAACUAGAGUUAGAAGAAGCUGAUAAUGAACACCAUAAACCUGGAACACAAGAAUCAUCAUCAUCAUGCUCAUGAUACAUUAACAAAUCUAAAUUAUGAAUUUACUAUAUGGUUUAAGGCGUAUUCUUAAAUUAUUAUUCUGGAUAUCAAUACUUGAAGGAAAGUUCAGGUAAUAUAGAAUAUAAUAUCCCAUAGUUGACUUCUUGGCAUUUUCAAGUAAGUAGAUGAUACCUAGCUGGUCAAACAAUAUACUAUACUGAAAGCUCUGAGACUAAACCAUCUUCAAGAUGAUGCUUAAUAUGGAAACUUUUGGUAUUCAAAGUUAUUAGUAGAAGAGUAUUUGGUGAGCUUGAUAAUCAUUCUCCAUAAUCUAACAACAAUCCACCAGCUAGCUUUGUUGAAUAACAAGUAAACGCAUAUGCAUUUUUCAACUACUCAAGCAACGUCCCUGUCCCCAUGCCAUCACUUCUAUCAACUUUGUACCAAAUCAUUAUUGAAUAAAGAAGCUAAUCUCUAUAAUGAUUCAUCCUCCGGAAUGUUUCUUGAAAAUUCAAUGGAGAUGGACAAAAACUUCAUGUUUUGGCUCAAGUAAUUUGUGUGCAUGACAUUUUGAACAUAAAUAAAUGAAAAGAAAACAGAUUCUAAAAUUGGGUCUCGAGUCUGAACAAGUUCCAAAAGUUUUACAGAAGCAAUAACCACCAAGUUUGUGCAACCAGUCAGAGAAAAGAAAAAGAUAGCAUUAGGAUUCAAAGCGCGCUAAGCUGCACGGACGGGCAAGUGAAAGUUUACUCUACUUCAGCCAAGUAAUCGUCGAUCUCUGCAGGUGUUAGUACCCUG